CAGUCCCAAAUGGCACACAGAAGUGCAGAACAAGCCGACAAUAACUGACCCGGCUCGGUUCAGCUGAAUGAGUCCCGACAAUACAAUACCUGCCGUUGUGCUACAGUUCAUUCAGACGUUGAAAAUAACCCAUCAUCUGAAGUGGAAGUACCGGAUCCCAGAAUUCAUUAGCGAAUCACACGGUCUGAUCUGCUGUCGGUGAUACAUCUCUACGGACCUACAUUUUCGGCGCUCCAUUUUCUUCGGACAGGCCUGCAAUGGACACGAGUGCAGAACUGAACGCAAACGGCGGUUUCAUUGUGUUGACGUCCUUCUGUAACGUGGUGCUUUGGGGCGGGAUCUAUAAAAGUCUGGGUGUGCUUCUACCAACACUAACAGACCAGUUCACCGACCAUACCUGGCUUACCGGAGUGGUUAUAUCAUUCAUAGGAGUAUCGGCAGAUUUAUCAGGUCUGUUCACCACACUUCUUGAAGACAAAUUUGGACGUCGACGGAUGUUAAUACUCAGCACGUUGACAGUCAAUGUGGGCUUGAUGUUGGUCCCGCUUGCCACAAGUAUUGUGCACAUCGCCAUUGUUUUAGCUGUCGUUGUUGGACCAGCCGUGGGUAUUUCUGCUGUUCUCAGUAAAGUUCUUCUGGGACGUCACUUUAACAAGCGUUACACACUGGCCAAUGGAAUAAGUCACACCGGACAAGUGGUCUCUCUCCUUGCAUUUGCACCAAUGACGCAGCUAUUCCUUGAUACCUACGGUUGGAGAGGGGCCACCUUGCUCCUUGCUGGGGUCUGUUUGCACUCAGUAGUCUGCCCUGUGCUUGUCAAGGAAGAAAAAGAACGGUACGAGACACCACCCGACCAACAUGACCACAAAGAAACUAACAGCACAGGAAUGACCCGCGUUAAAUCUUGCUUUGCUCAUGCGCUCUCAACUGUGGAUCUGCGUAUUCUUCGUGAGUUCAACUUCUGGGUCGUUUUUUCCUGUUUUUUCGGGGCUCGUUUUCCCGACAAUGCUUGGUUUCUAUUCAAUAUUUCCCAUCUUCAAGCUAAGGGUUUCUCCCCCCAAACAUCUGCCGCGCUCUGUUCAGCGGCGAGCGUUGGUUACCUCGUCGGUUGUGUGAUGUUCUCACCUCUUGUGGACAGAGGCUUUCUGAAAUGCUCGACGGGAGUAUUGAUAAGCAGCCUACUUUUGACAUUGUCACUUGCGAUAGAUCCAUUACUGCAUGAAGCAUGGAGUAUUGCUGUGUUCACAGCUCUCUUUGGCCUGUCUUCAUCAGCAAUGUACGCCCUUACUGAUGUUCUUACCAAAGAACUGUUAGGCAGGGAAAGAUUAACCAGCGCCUUCGCCUGGUCUUCAGCUCUUGGGGUAGCAGCGAAAAUGCUCGGCGGCUUUUUACCGGGUUGGGUGUAUGACUCGAGCGGUACCUACGACCUGGCUUUUGUCAUCAUGGGCGCUGCACCAGCUGUGGCCGCUAUCCCCCUGGUCAUCGGAAAAAUUUGGAAAGAAAUAUAAAGAUCAUUGUGCCCAGAUCACAAUAGGAACUGUGAAGUGCCAUCCCAUCUUACUACGUACUACUCUUAACAUACUUGCCAAAUUUGGCUGGUGCCCCGACUUAUUUUUUUGUAUCAGUUGGCUGCACGAAGAAAUUUUCCUUGCACUGGAGUCCCAUCCUGGUCUAGAGUAGAAAAAAUAAACAAUGUGUUUCGACAUGCACGAGUUCAAACUCCAACUAUGUCUUGAACUAAAAGACCGAAUUCCACCCAGGGAGUGCAGGGAUUAGAAUAUUGUUAUCAAACCGUCUCCAGCUGUAACCCUCGGAGUUUCAGUGACGUCCAUCGGUGGUCGCACAAACGACACACUUAUAAAGCAAAGUGCAUGGCAACACCGUCUUGUUGAGAAGAAAUUCUGGAAUCUUUUCAGCACGGUGGUAUUUUAUAUGCAUGUUGUCGAUUAAUCUGAUUUGGCGGAGCAUCGCCAUUCAAUAUAUCAAGGUCGAUCGAGGGAACCUCCCCUUUCAGCGUCAUCAAAGUCUACUAUUACUGAUAACGGUAUGUUUAAACAAGUUGUAAACAAAAACAUAAUCAUUUAAUUUGACAUUGAUUAUAUUGAAGUAAAUGUAUUUUUCGUAUAAAACAAAAUGCAUAUACCUGCAAUAACCUCUGGAUAUAUAGAUAUGGAGGGUAUCCCCAAGUAAAAUGUAGCACCGCGUGGAGAAUAAAUAUGAAUCUCACGCCGAACUUGUUUUCAUCAGACUUCCCGUUUGGGACUGACUUAAAACGUUUUCGGGUUUCGUUUUGAAGAUCAAAUUUGAAAAAAAUAUCUAUUAGAAAUUAACUUGGAAAAAUAUGUCUCGUACAAGCAAAUUAGAUUUCAAAAAAAUCAUCUCGUCAAAAUGAUUUGUUAUCAUAAAUGGAAACAAUAUAGAUCUCAUAAGAACGAUCUGGAGAAUAUAUCUCGUACAAAAGAACGCUGGAAAAAUAUACAUGUAUCUCGUAGAAACAAAGAUAUAUAUAUCACAAAACGGAAUUUGUAAACGCUUCACUUUUUGAAAUUAAAUACCAGUACUGAUGGCACUACAAGGC